AUUCUCACAAUCAAAGGGAUACUAAUUAUUCCUUCUCAUUUCCCUUCCCCUUUCUAAUCCACUUCCCUUCUAUCUCAAGCAAGUUAAAACAAAAUUGAAAAUAGUACCCACCCACGUUCUCUUCCUCUAUAUCCGCUCUCUUAUCUUACACGCACACACACACCCCUAAUCUCAGUUCUUCAAUAAUCUUGAUUUUUAGAACUGAAUUUAUUCCCUAAUUACUUCAAUCUUGUUUUCAGAUCAGUAAUGGCUUCAAAUAACAUUCAAAUUUUCUCUAUUUUUAUCUUCUUAACAUUCUUUCUCUCUAUAAACACAGUGUUAUCUGCAGAUCCAUCGGAAAAUUCCCCCAGUCCAUCUCCACAUCCACCAGCUGACGACGUCCUCUCGCCGCCGCCGGUUCUAUCUCCAGAAACACCAUCGCAAUCACCAUCUCCUUCUCCUUCCCUCUCAAUUGCCUCCCCUCCUGCGCCUCCGCCGUCAGAUCUCUCUCCAAGUUCCUUUCCAGCACCAUCUCCGGCAUUAACCAAUUCUUCUUCUCCUGAAAAGUCUCCGACACCGGCACCUGCCAUAGCAGGCGACGAGGAGGUAAAUACGAGUAAUGUGGAGUUGGAGAGGGAUACCUCCUCCGGCGGGAUGAACGGUGGGCAAAAAGCCGGCGUAACAGUAGCAGUGGUCGCCGGAGCGUGUAUCGUUGUGGUCGGUGCGUUGGUGUACAAGAAGCGCCAGCAGAAUGUGCGCCGCUCGCAGUACGGGUCCGCCGCCAGGAGAGAAAUCCUAUAGAGCUGUGCAAAGAUUUCUAUAUCUGCGUACUGUAUGAGACAUCUUUUGAUUCGUUAUGUUCGCAAAUCUAUUUCUAGAUUUGUGGCAUUAUUGAUAUUGAGAGAAUUUUGGAAUUUGUUCGAUUCUUUUCUGCUUAAUAAUAAUAAUAAUAAUUCUUUAAUCAUAA